CAUUCAAUAUGGCUGCGCACUGCAGUAACCUCAUGUUGCGGCUUGCUAUCGGUAGUGCCGGAACCUCAUUGGCGCAGGGGCUGUUCCGACCGUCGGUGUCGGUGCAGCAGGUGCGCUGGACCAAAGCAAACAAGCACUGGCUUCCCAAAUGGAAGGCCUUGAGGCGGCGCAAGGUUAUCAAGAUCAAGCUACCCGAAUUUGAGGAAAUGCGAAAAAAGGACCAGCUGACGCCGGAGGAGAUGCGCUCCAAGCUGAAGGAGCAAGGUGUAGCCCCCGAUCGGCCGUGGAAUGAACGGCCCAUGGUCAUCAGCUGCUCCGGUGGUGUCUUUGAACCGUACCUCCCUCCUGAGGGUGAUGGAAAAGUGAGCGUCCUGACCAAGGCAGGGGCCAUUCAGCGCAUGCGACGCCUUGAAAUGCGUGGGAAGUCCUACAUGAACCUGCGAAAGAUCCGUGCUUAUGAGGACGAAUUUGACCUCGUCGAGUUUGCCGACAUAGCCCAGGAUAUCUACAUAGAAGCUCACAAGGCGCUUGUUAGUCGAGACGAGGACAAGCUUCACGACCUGGUGACUGAGCACUGCUACCCUAUCAUGAUGGCAAACAUAGCGCGCAAGACACUGCGCUGGCAGUUUGUGCGCAGCCUUGAGCCCCCGCGAGCAGUGCACGUGCGGUGCACGGACAUGAUCAGCAAGGAGAACCUGUUCGGCCAGAUCACCAUGCGAUUCCACAGCCAGCAGACAUUGGCCGUGUAUGAUCGUUUUGGCCGCUUAAUGCAUGGAAGCGAAGCAAUGAUCAAGGACGUUUUGGAGUAUGUGGUCUUCGAGAAGCACAUUUCAAAUGUGUAUGGCACAUGGCGCAUACACUCCAAGAUCACCCCAGAGUGGCAACCACCAAAGGAACCCAUGCUGAAGACGUUUGUCAAGCCAAAGUCGGAGCCAGAGCCAGCGGCUGCCGCAACAGAGACCACUACCACCACCAUCAGGGAAACGCCUCCUUCUCCACAGUCACAGUCGUCACAACCCUCUGGGGAGACAUUUGCAGCAGCGUGAUAGUAGAACAUCUGUUUAAAAAAAAAAAACAUUUUUUUUAAUCUAUGUAAACUCUGUGUUGGUUAGUAGUUACAGCAGUUGCUGAAAAAAAAAAGUUAUUGUCACAAUUUGCCAGUCUCCUAUUUUUUUACAUUCUAUGGCUACAGUUAGGCUGUGAAGGACACUGAAUAAGGAGCUGUGCAUUAAUUUCGACCACACAGUUAUGUAAGGUACACUGAAGUUGCUUCUACGGCCCUGUAGCAAGAGCUAAAGUUAGUGCUCAUGACAUCAUCACAAGUUGUCCCACUGGUCUCUGCUUUGUGACAAAACCUAUGGCCUUUUCACUUGAGUGAAAGCUGCUAUAAUGGUCUAACAGACACCCAACAUUAACUCAACAGCGGCUUUUGAGUUACUGCCCAGCCACUGUAGUAGCAUCAUGCUAAUUUCUGCAAAUUGUAUGACCUAACGCUGACUUCUUACUGCACAUUAUAGAGCUUCAGCUGGUUAAGGUAAACAGGCACUAAAGAGAGGCAGUGAAUCAAUUUAGAAUGACUAGGUAAGUAUUCUUUCAGAACUCAGUUUUAGUUAAACUCAUGGUAACAGGUUUUUUUAAAAGAAAAGUAUCCAAGGAUACCCAAGCACUUCUUAUGAGCUGUGAACGCAAAAUCAUUGUCCAAUUAAAUGGCGCUGAGCAGUCCUUCGAGUUUUGCAGUGCAAGUAUUGUACCAUAGCAGUACGUGCUGCCCGACCCUGCAAGCAGCAGUAGCCUGAGGUGCCAACGCCGCAUGCCAUCGAUGUGGCGAUACACAUCGGGCGAUGCGUCGCAGUGAUGCCCUCUCCCCUCGCACAACACCUGGUGUGCUAUCGCAGCUGCAGGUGUGCCCUUUCGCCCGCUCUGCUCCGUUACGGCACAGCUCGUGACGUGAUGUCAUAGCCAAUGGCAAGGCGAGUUUAGGUGUCAUCUCGCUCCUAUGGACGACAGACGCCGGCUCUUUUGCUCAAUGGGCCGUUUGACGCUUUCACAUCAAAAUGAAGGGUGAAUUUCGCAUGGAGAUUCUUGUGCCGGUACAUCAGUGCAACAUCAUGGAUUUGAAAGUAUUUCUGCAUGUGGAAAAUCAUUUGUAUGGAAGCCCGCAAGGUGGAGGAGGGUUCAUGAAAGGGAAAUAUUGUCACUUGCCCGGCUGUAGCACGAAGCUACAAGGGAAACCCAUAUGGUGAAUGCAGAAAGAAAGCUUUGCAGUUGAAAAAAAAAUGUCGAACCAGGGCAAAUUCUCCUUUGAUGCCGAAGCUGCCUUUCUGAUUAACCCAAAUGGGUUUUCUUUGUAGCCUCGUACUAGAGUCAGGUGGAUGACAAUUUCUCCUUUUAUCAUGUUUUCUCAUAUUUUGGUUGUUGCAGUGUAGUAAAUAUGCUUGGUUCAGUCUUUGGCUCCUUUAGAAUACUAUAAUACAGUCCAUCAUUAAUGGGAAACGGCUGCCGUGUAAAUCCAUGAUGUCCUGGAGAACUGGUGCAGGGAUUUAAAUGCAUCAUUUCACCAUGCGCUUGGGGGUGCUACUGCUCCAUUAUUCUCUGUUAAAGGUUUCCCAUGCUUGGUGCAUAAUAAUACAACUAUUACCUUGAGCAGGCGCUUGGUCUACCUGAAGGCGUGUACCACCCUGCACUUGUCUGGGACGGGCAUUCAAAGGAUAUGAGCCUUUAUUCAUAGGCGACGUGCCAGGCAUAAAAGGGAGCAGAGCACCGACCAGAAAAUUUUCGGGGUGGAGGCUGAAGCCGGGUAAACCCCCCACCCCCCGGCUAUGCCACUGCAAGCUGUGUAGUUCAUGGUCGACUUGCCGAGAAUAAUAAAAUAAAACGUUAUAAAGGAGCAACUAAACAAUCAGAGGUGUUAGGAAUACAAAUAGGUAGGACCGAGUUCUUGCAUUUAACAAUGAAAGGUCCUUCGCAAUUUUCUCCUUUAGUUCAUCUUUGUUAGGAAGUCUCUUCGUCACACGAAUAAUGAUUGAACUUGAACUGAAAAUGUGUUGAUAAUGGCAUUUGAAUAUUGAGAUACAGUAAUCUAAUCAUUUUAUUUGAAAUGUAGAUUUAUUCAAAGAUUAUGUGGCACAACCAUGUCAGAAGCACAAACUUAGCGAUACUUUCAGCAACCCCGACAUUAUCGGCAUUCGAGAUUUUACUGUAAGCAGCAGCCUCAAUUUAUGUUACUGCUGCUCUUUUAGGGCCUCCCACUUAUUACGAAACACCACUUAUGCAGUCCAGCAGAGAUCCAGUGGUUGUAGGGUGUCCAGGCGAUUCUACACCAACAUGCCGGACAUCUGGUUCAUACAUCUGGGCAGCGCCACUUCUGAUGUAUCAACAAGGUUCCAGGCUCCGGCUGCCACCGCACGGCCCAGACUUCUACGAGGACUUGCGGGCAACCAUCCUUGCUCACUACACCACCAUGAGGCCACCUCGAGCGCUCAGUCACAACAGCUCUCACCAUUUGAACCAUCACGUCAUUCCGCGCCUUGUCGUGCCACAUCGCCAGUGUCCAGCCGUGUCUAUCAUCAGCACGCACUGGCCCCAGCAUCAAAUCUUUACUUGGUCCGUGAGCCCCCUCCCCAUCUCAAAGGCAGCUGCAUGACAACUUUUUCCAAGGAAUUCACUCUGCCGAAUGCAAACGCUUUCAGCUACUCUAGGGCCCGCUGUUCUCCUUCCUUGGACAUUCUCACAAGCUAACUGCUUUCCGUUCAAGGGCACUUCACUCAUCAGUGAUCCAGAGGGUUUCCCAUCAGUAGGCGCCAAUUUCACUUUCUCAGGCACAACCAUGCCAGAAGCACAAACUUAGCGAUACUUUCAGCAACCCUGAUCCUAUCGGCAUUCGAGAUUUCGCUGUAAGCAGCAGUCUCAAUUUAUGUUACGGCUGCUCUUUUAGGGCCUCCCACUUAUUACAAAACACCACUUAUAACAAAUUCUAUUUGCUGUCCUAAUCACUUCUUUAUAACAACGGUUUAGUGUAUCACCUAACACUUUUUUUUCUCGCACUCACACACACACAAAAAAAAUAGUUUCUUUGAGCACACUCUACACCAUGCACGUCAAUUUUUCUUCAUGUCAUUGAUCUCAAUCUUCAAUAUGCUACAGCAUCAUGCCAAUGACCACAUUCUCUAAAGCAUCUGUCUGCAUGCACUGGCCAUUCUACAUAUCCUAGAACUUAGCCUCAUGCAGUGUUUACGAUUGCGACGAGACCACAGAGCAUAUCCAGAUCUACCGCCUUUAUUUUCAUAACGAAAUAAAUUGUGUCUAUGCAAGCCGAGUGGACAACAAAGUGCUCACAGAAAAAAAAAAAAGGUUAUGAAGAUCCAACACGCAUCUUAGAAAUUAUCAAAUGCUAUUUGCCCAUUUCAUUACUGCGUCUUUGGCAUAAAGCAAACUGGGGCAUGUACACUUGCACACCUGUGCUAUGCAGCGUGACACACACACACGGAGAUUAUCUCAAAAAGGUAGUUGGUGUUUGCACAAUAGAAGUAUGUGCGUGAUUGUGGCCUCUUGGUCAGACCAUAGAGCUGCCGGGCUGGGAUACUGAGGUCCGAUCCCACCGCCAUGCACAUAAUGUAGUUUUUCUUUAUAUAUAUGUAUAUAAGCUAUUUAACAAGGCAACAGCAGUACCAGUCAGCGAAGUCUGGCAGGGUUCGCAAAGAAAGCUUCACUUUGAAGUACUUGGACCAUGGCCUCAACAGUCAUCCACACUGUGGGCUAUAAGGGCGCUGCUGCACUUUUUGAAGACUACUGAACUCUUGUAACCACAUGCGACUUUACGGUGAAUGCUGCUGCGUAUGCAUUUAUGGGUGCUAUAACUUAAAGCUAUUCCAAACUUUUCUAUUCGAAUUCUGCAAUCGCCUCUCCACGAUUGGUCAAAAAAUUUUUGGACUACCCCCACUUCGCCUGUCUGUCACGUGACGUCACGAAAAUGGCGAAAAUGCCCCAUUCGAUAUGGUAUGUGCAUACUGCUUAUGCAUGAUUAUACCAAACGAAAGAAACAAUUAUUACUGAUUCAACGCAUGUUUUUCUCAUUAGCCCUUUGCUAUUGGUCAAGUGUUUUUGGCCUGCGCUCACUUCGCCUGUCUGUUAUGCAACGUCAUAAAACCGUGAAAACUAGCAUUAAUAUGCUGAACAAAACUGAAUUUUUUUCUGAAUAGCGGGGCAGUGCCCUGUUCCAAAAGGAAUAGAAGAUGGCUGCCCGUCGAUCGCUCAGGCACUCGCUAUUCACACCUGCAGGUGAAAAUUGUUUAUGUGCGCAUAAUAAACGUUUUUGCGUAGCAGUAAAACAUUAUCGAGCCAUUUCAGCAUGCACAUGACAUCACUCUGCCAACUCUUCUUUGCCGAGGGUAUGUUUUAGCGGCGUUCUUAACCUUCUGUUGCACGCCACCGGGAUUUUUGAUCAGCGACCGCAAGCUAAGCAAAGGGUGUUGGACCGAUCGCGGACGCUGGCACCACCCUUCUCAUCCAGUUAUCUGCUUUCACUGUGCUGCUCAGCCCCAUUGAAACCCUCUCCACUUGAGCGUGCUCCUCGCGUCGUGUCAAGCAAUUAGAUAACAAAAACUGCUCAAUAUAGACAAUGCUAUUCGCUCUGAAAGUAAAAUAAGUGUCCUCCUGUAAACGAGGACCUCAUUUGAUUGGGCUUUUCAAGCAAUGCUGUGGGUUACUACCCGAUGCUUGCGUCGGUGGUUACGCAAGUUUGACGUCGGGAGAUUGGAAUAGACAGAUGGGAAUAGUUUUACAUUAUCGGGCCCUAUAUCACUUCUUACUUUCUUUGUCCCUUUUUUCUCUUUUCUGCCCUUUCCCCUCCCCAGUAUAUGGAUGAAAACCAGGUGCAACCUUGUUAACCUCACUGCCCUACCUUUCCUUUCAGUCUUUCUCUCUCUCUCUCUCCUCCAUUCCCUUAGCCUUUGUAGAUUUGAGGCAAUGACCAGACACUGACGUCACCGUUGCUGUUUAUUGCACAAGUGCUCUGCUUGCAGGUUACUCAGGCAAAUAGACACUUAAGAGCAAAUCGUUUAAGGCAUCUGUCCAUCUGGUGCCAUUGCGCUGACAGUCCUUACUACCUUUUCUGACCAAUUUUAGCACAAUGCAAUUCUUUCACAGUGGAUCUUUUGCAUCCUUGGCACGUUUCAUAGUCAUUGUCAUAGUUUGAUACAUGUAGCUCUUGCACACUUUACAGUGACAGUCUUUUAGGCCCCUUUACAGCCCUGUCACACCCAUUGCUCGCAAUUUAUCACUUCACUUUGAUCUCAUUACCAUUGGUCUGGCGCUCUUUGGUCAAACCUGGCCCUUGCACCAUAAAACACCACACAUCAUCAUCAUUGCUACCUUUUCUCAGUUCAAGGCUAAUUUGAGUGGAGUGCAGAGGCCAGCUGCAUUGUUGGCUUUACCAGUUCACUUUUAUAGCAGAUAACCGUCUUUGAAACUCUGGGUGCUGGCCGUAUUCACUUUUUCAGUGCAUUAAAACCCUUUACUCACCUGGUGCAA